GAAUCAAACACUUUACGCCUGAAUAAAUAUAUUAGCUGUGUAAAUGAAAUAUUUGUGCUCUUGUUUGUAUGGAACAUUGAACACAAUUCGACGGAUGAGCUAAUAUACUUUCUUUGGGCGAACCCUCUGGAUACGAGUAUUGGAUCUGCCUGUAACGUGCACAUGUUGCUGCUUUGCUUUGCUUUCAACUGAAAUAGAAUGAGGUGAAGCGGUCUCGGAGCAGCCGGGCAGAGAGACGUCCAGUGGAAAAAAGCUCACUCAGAGCCCGCCAGCCUGAUAUACUUUUCAGUUUGCCGUCAGCGGCUGUGUUGAUUUGUCAUAUUGUUUGUUUGGUUUCUCGCUUAGACAGAUUUUAACAUUACAAAUCAGGCCGAGUAAUAUCGGAUGUGAUGUCCAGCUCCCCGCUGUCCAAGAAGCGUCGCUUGUCAGGAACAGAGACGAAGACGGGAUCCCACUGCUCCUCCUCUAACUCUGUCAGAACUGAUCUGUCACACACACCUGCAAACGGUAUGGCUAAGAAUGGCAAUGAUGCUGAGAUCGAUGAGGGCCUGUACUCCAGACAGCUCUACGUGUUGGGCCAUGAUGCAAUGAAGCGCAUGCAGAACUCCAGUGUCCUUGUUUCUGGCAUGAGAGGUCUUGGAGUUGAAAUAGCCAAGAAUGUCAUUCUGGGUGGAGUCAAAAGUGUUACUGUGCACGACCAGGGAGACGCAGAAUGGAGAGAUCUCUCUUCACAGUUUUACAUUCGGGAGGAGGAUCUGGGGCAGAACAGAGCAGAAGUGAGUCAGCCCCACUUGGCUGAACUCAACAACUACGUUUCUGUGACUGCGUACACCGGAGAGCUCACUGAAGACUACCUUACCAAGUUCCAGGUGGUGGUGCUGACUAACUCAACUCUAGAUGAACAACAGCGUUUGGGGGAGUUUUGUCACACUAAAGAAAUCAAGCUGGUUGUUGCAGACACACGCGGCCUAUUUGGUCAACUGUUCUGUGACUUUGGGGAGGAGAUGGUAGUAUAUGAUACCAACGGAGAGCAGCCGCUUAGUGCCAUGAUCUCCAUGAUCACAAAGGACAGCGCCGGUGUUGUAACAUGUCUGGAUGAGGCUCGUCACGGGUUUGAGAGUGGAGACCACGUCACCUUCACAGAGGUGCAGGGUAUGACAGAGCUCAACGGGUGUCAGCCAGUGGAAAUCAAAGUCCUGGGUCCAUACACCUUCAGCAUCUGUGACACGACAGGCUUUUCCGACUACAUCAGAGGAGGGAUCGUCACCCAAGUUAAGAUGGCAAAGAAGAUCAGUUUUAAAUCCAUCUGCACCUCCAUGGCCGAGCCAGAGUUCAUGCUGACAGAUUUUGCUAAAUUUGACCAUCCAGGACAACUUCAUGCAGGCUUCCAGGCGAUCCAUGCAUUCCAGAAGAAACACAGCCGCCUUCCGGCACCUUGGAGCCAGGCUGAUGGUGAAGAGUUACUGACUUUGGCCAAGGAGGUGAACUCUGCUCAGACGGGCUCUGCCAAAGUGGAGCAGCUGAACGAAGCGCUCAUCAAGAAGAUGGCUUAUGUCGCCGCCGGGGAUCUUUCUCCUAUCAAUGCCUUCAUCGGGGGCGUGGCUGCACAAGAAGUGAUGAAGGCCUCUACGGGGAAAUUUAUGCCUGUGAUGCAGUGGCUGUACUUUGAUGCUCUGGAGUGUCUGUCUGAAGGGGACGACGUCAUGCUCACAGAGGAAGAGUGCUCGCCUAGGAACUGUCGUUAUGACGGGCAGAUCGCCGUGUUUGGCACAAAGCUUCAGGAUAUGCUAGCCAACCAGCGCUACUUCCUGGUGGGAGCCGGUGCCAUCGGCUGUGAGCUGCUGAAAAACUUUGCCAUGAUUGGACUGGCGAGUGGGAACGGCGAGGUCAUUGUGACCGACAUGGACACCAUAGAGAAAUCUAAUCUCAACAGACAGUUCCUCUUCAGACCCUCAGAUGUUACUAAAAUGAAGAGUGACACAGCUGCUGCAGCGGUGAAGAAGAUGAACCCCUCCAUCAACAUCACAGGCCAUCAGAACCGAGUGGGCCCCGACACGGAGAAGGUCUACGAUGAUGACUUCUUUGAGAGCCUCGAUGGCGUCGCCAAUGCACUAGACAAUGUUGAUGCACGCAUGUACAUGGAUCGGAGGUGUGUGUACUACCGUAAACCCCUGUUGGAGUCAGGCACUUUGGGUACCAAAGGCAAUGUCCAGGUCGUCAUCCCCUUCCUCACAGAGUCCUACAGCUCCAGCCAAGACCCCCCUGAGAAGUCCAUCCCCAUCUGUACUUUGAAAAACUUCCCAAAUGCCAUCGAGCACACACUGCAGUGGGCCCGGGAUGAGUUCGAGGGACUUUUCAAACAGUCUCCAGAAAAUGCUAUGCAGUACCUCACAGAUCCUAAGUUUAUGGAGCGCACUCUAAAACUCCCUGGAGCUCAACCUGUGGAGGUGCUGGAGGCCGUGUACAAGACCCUGGUCACAGACUGUCCCCACAGCUGGGCUGACUGCGUCGCCUGGGCUCGCAACCACUGGCAGUGCCAAUACAGCAACAACAUUCGUCAGUUACUGCACAAUUUCCCCCCACAGCAGCUCACGAGCUCAGGUGCCCCCUUCUGGUCUGGCCCAAAGAGAUGUCCUCACCCCUUAGAAUUCAGCACUAGCAACGAGCUUCACAUGGAUUACGUCGUGGCGGGAGCUAACCUGUUUGCUCAGACGUACGGCCUGCCAGGCAGCACCGACCGUGCCGGAGUGGUCAAGAUCUUGCAGGAUGUUAAGGUGCCGAUUUUUUCUCCUCGCUCGGGCGUAAAAAUCCACGUGUCUGAUCAGGAGCUGCAAAACAGUAAUUCCUCUGUUGAUGACUCCAAACUGGAAGAACUGAAGUCCCAGUUGCCUUUGCCUGAGGCUUUCCAGUUCAAACUCAAUGCCAUUGACUUUGAAAAGGACGACGAUACAAAUUUCCACAUGGACUUCAUUGUAGCAGCCUCUAACCUGAGGGCAGAGAACUACGACAUUCCACCUGCUGACAGACACAAGAGCAAACUGAUUGCUGGCAAAAUCAUUCCUGCUAUUGCCACCACCACAUCCGCGGUGGUCGGCCUGGUGUGCUUGGAGCUCAUCAAGAUUGUCCAAGGUCACAAAAAGCUGGAAUCAUACAAAAACGGGUUCAUGAACCUGGCUCUGCCUUUCUUCGGCUUCUCUGAGCCCAUCGCUGCUCCCAAACAUAAGUACUACGAGAUCGACUGGACGCUCUGGGAUCGCUUUGAGGUCACAGGGCUGCAGCCUAACGGGGAAGAAAUGACACUCCGACAGUUUUUGGACUACUUUAAAAACGAGCAUAAGUUGGAGAUCACCAUGCUUUCUCAGGGAGUGUCCAUGCUCUACUCAUUUUUCAUGCCUGCUGCCAAACUUAAAGAGAGACUGGACCUACCGAUGACUGAGAUUGUGACAAAGGUGUCCAAAAAGAAGCUGGGCAAACACGUGAAGGCCCUGGUGUUUGAGCUUUGCUGUAACGACUUGUCAGAUGAAGACGUGGAAGUGCCCUAUGUCAGAUACACCAUCCGCUGAGCCAGCCACAGCUGGGGGGAGAUGCAGGAGAAGAGGGGGUUCUAAGUGGGUGGUUGGGCUCUACUGGAUCAAUCGGUUUAAUUUCUGGGCCUGUGGUUUAUUUGUAAACCUGUGCCUGACUGUACAUAGCCCCAGCAAGUCGACUAAAGAAUACCUGUAUGCGUGUUCGGGAUCCAGUUGCUGUUUGGUUAUGAGAACCGGGGUGUUGGAGGAAAGGAGCACGUAUACUGAAGAUUAAUUUCAGUAGUAAAACCUCUAGCCGUAAAAGAGCCUUAGUGGUGUCUCAGUAUUCCAGAGCCCAGCUGGAAUCCCCGUGAAACAAAACAUCCUCACAGUUAAACCAGUAGAUAUUGGGUUUUUCCUCUAAUCCACCUCCUCGCUCUUUCCUCCUAGCCACGUCUCAUUAACCUGAUUCCCCAUGAAUGUUGAAUUUGUAUUCAUUCAGCUUGUUUGUUAUUUCAAAGAUUCACCUCCUAAAUAAAGCCAAGCUAGCCCAAAAGCUGUGUCUGACUAGAGCUUCUCACGGGAGCCCUUCCUCCUACACCCUCACCACUUUCUUCUGUGGCUUCAGACGGGUUCUUGCACAUGACAUCAGUUUUUCUUUAUUUUAUGAUUUGUUGUAUUCUAUUUUAUUUGGGGGGUAUGAGUGAACAGUUGUGGCACACCCGCUAGAUCAUAAAUCGUUUUUCUAAGUUUCAUAUCCACCAACAGUGUAAGAGCAAGCCAUUGACAUGUACCUUGAAAUGGGAGCACUUAGUGUGAUAGUGAAUAAACAUGUAAAAGAUGAAA